GGCUAUUGUUAUAUUAUAACAGAAAUUAUAAGUUAACUAUUGAUAAAUAUUUCAAAAAGUUUUACUAAGCAGUCUGGUAAACCCUGAUAUAUUUAACAAGUUUAGUUUUUGGACAUUUGCCAGGUCUAAGGAAUUACUAGGACUAUUCCCCUGACCACAAUAAUCGGAGUGCUCGCAUUGACGUGGAGGCAGUGCACACAAAUCAAUACAACAACACUAUGUCAAAUCCUAAUUAUAAUUUUGAAGAACCCAAACCUAUUGAUGAACCAGAGGCUGCACCACAGACAAACCACAACUUCUGGACAAUAGAGUACUAUCAGAAGUACUUUGAUGUGCACACAAAUGAGGUGGUGGAAAGGAUCAUAUCCUCGGUGCUGCCACAGAAGGUGUCCCGCAACUACUUCGAUGAGAGGAUCAAAGGAAAACCUGAUCUCUAUGGACCUGUUUGGAUUUCUGUUACCCUGAUAUUCACAAUAGCAGUGAGCGGUAACAUAGCAAGCUACUUACACAACGCCAACAAGAAGGGCUUCGUGUGGCGUUAUGACUUCCACUUGGUGUCCAUUGCUGCUACGGCUAUAACAUGCUACGUGUGGCUUGUACCUCUGGCUCUGUGGGCGGCGCUGAAGUGGACUACUACAACUGAUGGACAUGAUGAGAUAGAGAAUCAGGAUGCAAAAUCGCCAACAAUGAUGUCACUUUUCUGUCUAUACGGAUACUCACUCUCCAUAUACAUUCCAGUAGCUGUGCUAUGGACAAUCCAAGUAUUCUGGCUGCAAUGGCUCUUUGUUCUAAUGGCUGCCUUUGUCUCCGGGGCCGUCCUCAUAUUCUGGCUGAUGCCAGCCCUAAGGAAGUCUAAGUACUUCCUGAUCCUUAUAGGAAGUAUUUUAGCGUUCCAUUUUCUGUUGGCAGCAGGUUUUAUGCUGUAUUUCUUCCAUCAGCCGAGUACACCUGAUGAUGUUGCCGUGUCUACUGUGAAACCUUAGGACGUAUUUAAAUUGUACUUCAACAGAUUUGUUUGCACAUGAUAUAAUAGAAGUAUGAGUAAGGAGAUAUCGAUUCGAGGAUAGUGCUGUGCUUUUAUCGAUAAUAUUUUAUGACGAGUGAAAAUCGCGACUCUUAUUAUAUUGUGUGCAAGUUUGAGUUAUAAAGUAAUUUAUUUAUAAGGCAUUUGAAUUUGUGAUGGGGCAAAUGUCAGCCCAAAUAUUUCAUGCCAUCUUAUUGUAGUAUUGGUACAGUGAUAUUGUUGUCCUUUCUCGAUGUUUUAAGAUAUUUGAGUCAUUUCACGAGAGUAGGUGCUAAGUAAAAUAACAUUAGUACAUUUUGAUGCAUAUUCUAAAUCUUUUAGUUAAAGAUAUCUUAUAUUGAAAGCACGAAAUUAGACUUGAGAACUGAAUGUCUUGCAUAAAGUUUAUCCGCGAGCUUAGUCAAUUCUCACGACUUAUAUGUAUAUUUAUAAAUUUGUUAAGAUAAUAUUAUAAGUAUUUCUUAAUUUCCACAUUCCUAAUGUAAAAAGUCUUAUAUUUAUAUGUAAAGAAAACAAAUAAAUGUUUUAAAUAAAUAAUAAUAA